UAAGCCAAUGUUGAGCGAUGGCAAUACCACGAUGUAGGGAUGGAUCGGGAUCUUUACCAAUUAAUUAAUCAAUCAGAAAAACAUUCAACACAAGUUUUAACGGACGACGAGCAUGGUCAGGGUCUCUGACGGUUUUACUGAACAUCUAGAAGACCUCGUCUGAAAAUUUGAACUCCACACCCUUUUGACCGGGCUGCGACAGCUAGUUCCCGACCCUUUUUCUUUGCAAAGGAGAGGAGAGGAAAAAAAAUAAACCAAAACAAAACAAAAAGGCUAGCGAUAAUUGCGCCGACCCUCCCAGCUCAAGGUCCAGAAAGUUCAAAAAGGACGGCGCAUGUCUUCCCUCCACUGACCCAGCCUGACGCCUGUCGGAAAACAGUAUUGGUUUAGGCUCUCACCAAAACGAACUGUUCAAGUGCGUCGCCUGUGCACACAUUUCGAUCGUCUGAACUCGUUCUCAGUAUCUUAUUGUUUCCGACUCGCUUUGACGAUCUUUUGGAACGCCACUGUUUGAGAAUCACUUCUGGGUCCAUGCUGAGAUUCGAUACUCAACAGUCGUUCAGCCUCCCCACACGCACUUCCUGCACCAAGGCAGCAACUGACCGCAGCACACGGAUAAGGGGCUGAUCCCAGUUUUUCUUGUUCUUUGCCCUGCAGGCGCUACGCAGAGGCACAGACGUUCUAGUUGUGCCAGAAUCUGCACGUCGCACAUUGGCACUUGGCCUGACAAGCAAAGAAACCAAAGUAGCACACAAGCAUUGCCCACCCACUGCCCUGCGACGACCAGCCUCGUCGCUGCGGCUGCCUUGUCUCCGAGGUCUGGGAUUCAGGCUAGGAACACCUAUCUACCUAUCUAGCUGGCUUUGACCUCCUUCCUCGACAUGAUGGAUUCACAGGUGGUUCCUCCUCUUCCGCGCCAAUCGUCCUCUCGACAACACACCUCGCGACGACACGAGACGCACGACUUUCAUUUGCCCUCGAACACUCGCACCACUCGACACGCUUCUCCAAGUCGCCGUGCCCAGCAACCCCCCUCGAGCGCAUUGGGUGCCGACGUCAUAUCCUCACUCAUCACCAGUCUCGACGUUGUUUCCAAACCCACCUCUCCCUCAAGUGACCGGCGACCGGCUUCGACAUCCCCGUUACCCUCACCGGCUCCAAAGUCUCCCACCAACGGGUCCUUUGGCGUCGAGUACGGAGCCUACAGCUCACCAAAGCGCGAGGUUGCUGCUGCACAAGACGUUAGCCUCGAUGACCUUGCGGCCUGCCCGCCCGUGAUCCGCACGGCAAAGCCGCCCUCGGGCUUCUCUGCCCUGACGGCCCCGAAAUCCCCACAAAGAGACCACAACGGAGGAGUCAAGUCGCUUCUGGGCGGGUCCCGCAGCGCGUCACGGCCGUCUUCCAGGGGGUCGCAUACCUCGCGCGAUGCCGACACCCAGAGCAUUGGCAACCUCUCCGUGGAACCAGGGGAGAUUCCUCCUAUUCCUGAUCUAAAGAGGCGAAAGUCAUAUACUGGUUCAUUCGACAGCUGGGGGAAAAAGCAGGGUCGGUCGCAAAGGGGAUUGAUGUACAUGAGCAGCCGUGAACGGCUACAGGACAAGGAGGACAAGAAGCGAAACAGUUCCAGCACAGCAAGCGGGGACCGAAGCCUUGGAACCAAGAGCAAUCCCGUGUCUCCUCACCAGGAUCACUUCCUGGCCCAAAUACCGAUCAACGAAGAGUCCACCAGCCCAUCCGAGGCUGUGGUUCCUCCCGUGUUCUCGCCUAAUAGCGAGCGAACAUCAACCGAAUCGCCGGCUGUGGGGUCACCGCGGGCCAUACCCGACAGAAACUCGAGUCUACGCAAGACAGGUUCCAAACAAAGAUCAUCUACUCGCCGAUCCGCAACCGCGAAUCGUGAUAGCCAAGCCACAAAAGCAAUUCCUGAGGUCGAAGAACGUAGCCACAGCCUUUCAAGAGCACGCUCAACGUCAAGGACUGGACGCAGGGCUCAGGAAACGGCAACUCCACCCCAGCCCGAAUCGGAGACUGACGUCUACCUACUCUACUCGAAAAUGGCUGCACUUCCGGAGCGUCCGCGAGCUCGCUCUCGGUCAAGGUCAGUUUCUCGCCCGCCGGAUGACCGUCCACGACUUCACAGUCGCACUCUUUCAUACGACGUUGAUAUCGAGGAGGGUGCCCCGUCGCCCGCCAUUGCACAACGACGCCGUAGAGAACGAAGCUUGAGCGUGGAUAAGAGAGGAUCCCGGCGCGAGUCAACUGAAAACGGGCGCGCGAAGCGAUCAAGCAGCCGACUGCGACGUUUGUCGAAGCAUGAGGGAGCGCAAUCGCCAACGGCUGAUGCGAAUCACAUUGGAUACGAGCGCCCACCCAGCGCAGAUAGUAUCGAUGAUGCGGUGGAGUCGUAUCUAUGCUCGCCGAGACUGUCACAAAAGAUCAAGCACCCGCAGACUGGCCGUGUCAUCUCCUUCUCCGAGGUGGGCGACAGUGAGGGCAGCGCCGUCUUUUGCUGUGUGGGAAUGGGCCUCACAAGAUACAUCACGGCUUUCUAUGAUGAGCUCGCCUUGACACUCAAGUUGAGACUUAUCACCCCUGACAGACCCGGCGUCGGCGAUAGUGAACCGUAUCAAGACGGCACCGCUACACCUCUCAGUUGGCCAGAUGACGUAUAUGCAAUUUGCCAAGCGCUAAAGAUCACCAAGUUCUCUAUCCUGGCACACUCGGCUGGUGCCAUCUACGCGCUCGCCACAGCGCUGCGAAUGCCUCAGCACAUCAGGGGUCGGAUCCAUCUCCUGGCCCCCUGGAUCCCGCCGUCUCAGAUGUCAGUCUUUGGUGCAUCGGCACAGACGCCCCUACCGCCAAGCAACGCGAUUCCAACGUCUCAGCGCAUCCUCAGGGCGCUGCCUACGCCAUUCCUCAAGGCGGCCAAUAGUUCAUUCAUGACGGCGACGAGCAGCAGUAUCACUUCCAGCCUCCCAAAGACGCCACGCAAAAAGCGUAAGAAUGGGCAAAACGUCGCCAAGGACAGGGAAAAGGAGGCCGCUGCAAGAUCACAGGCCCAGCAGCACCAAAAUGUCAGCCCGCUUCUACCGCCCGGGGCCUCGGACAGCAACAAAGAAAACCAUUUGCAUGACGACGAUGGGAUUUCUGGUCUUGUGCGGGGUGACAUUCCGGCUACUGGAGACAUGGACUUCUUUAAGCCUUCGCCCAUGGCGGGCUCGGUUGAUGGAGGGGCACACAGGAAGUCCUCCUCUGUGGCAUCACAGCGUAAUGCGGCAGCCAGGGAAGCUGCGGUACUGGCGGCAGCCGCGUCUGCCAUUGCAGACAAGGAGAGGCAGGCGACGUACGACACACGGUUGACGCAUGCGAUUUGGGAGCUUGCAACGACCGGGGCUAACCCGGCGGUGGAUUUGCUCGUUUGUCUCGAGAGGAGGAACACUAUCGGGUUCCGAUACGUCGACAUUACUCGACCAGUGAUCAUACACCACGGGACCAGGGAUACACGUGUGCCGCUCGACAACGUGCUGUGGCUGGGCAAGACGAUGCGCAGGUGUGAGGUCCGGGUGCUUGAGGGCGAAGGCCACGGACUCAUGGCGAGCGCGUCCGUCAUGGGCGGCGUGCUGAUGGAAAUAUCCAAAGAGUGGGAGGACUGGACCCGCAUCACGGGCAUUGCUGCCAGGAGGACGGCAGCCGAGAGAGAAAAGGCCUUGGAGGUCGGAGUGGCGCGGUAAAGCAAGCCCAACCCAUCUCCCGCUGGCCUCUGGCCAUUUUACUUUGUUAAACUUCAUUUCUGACCCAUGGAUACACUGCCGUAUACCUGUAAUCACUUUCAUAUGUUGAUUAAUAGCUGCCGCAAUUUAUCACUCAGUGACUGCGCAUUGGAUACUUUUUACCUCACCACUUGGAUGAGGGUCAUCUCAAUUUCUACCAUUUUGUGUCGGAUUCUGUACUGAAUCUGGGCAUUUUACCUGUUUUAGUUCACAUUUCCUUUCUUUUCUUUUUAUUUCCUUCUUGUGCAUAGUUAUAUUUGUUCGGGAUUCAGACGGAACGGAAAACGCCUUUUAAGAUAGGAGAGGUUAGAACGUUUACUUUGUGGCGUGGUUUACUCUUGAGACUCUGUAUCUUAUAGUGAACCAUCAAAAUUAAUGUUAAAUAUUGACUUACG